AUUACCUCUAGAUCAGUUCAAAUUGCUCUUACGUACCUAAAAGUCAUAUACCUGACUUGCCAGGCUUAACUUCACAGCUCUGCCGUCAGUCCCCGCCAUGACGACUACAGCCUCACUCCACGCCAAACUUGACGCCCUCUACGACGUAUGGCUAUCACUCAACCCAGACUCAUCCGCAGCCGAAUUCAACAAAUUCGCCUCCUUCUUUUCCGAAGACUGCACCGCGUAUCUGCUCAGCAUGCGCGAGCUAGCCACGCCCAGCAUCGGCCGGCCGGGCGUCGUCGAGGGUAUCAAGGACGUUCUUAAAGAUACGCGGAUCAAGGAGCGGCGAGUCGUAGAACGGUUCGAAAACACUAGUGGCUCGAAGAUAUCAGUAGAGAUGAACAAUCGUCUCCUGGUACACGGCAAGGAGAUUGACGUGUUUCCGGAGACGGCUACGGCGGUUUUUGAUGAUAAGGGGUUGAUUACGAACUUCAAGCUGUACUGCUGUCGAAGCGCCGUGGUGGAAAUUAUCCAGGAUGUUACUGGGGUGGGGCCUUACAGGAGGCAGGAUAAAUGUCAUUAGAUAGGUUCGGUGGAUGCCUUCAAGGUAGAUUUUGGUUGAUCUCGACAAAUAAGCGGGUUCGUCACUACAGGUGGCUGGGUCGGAACGGCCGGAAGUACCUAACAUUCGAGACACUGUAAGCUGCAGAUAAUUCAUACUCA